UUUGGGAUAAUGACCAGAAGCAAGAGAAAAGAAGAGCAUCAAAAUUCAAAACCAAAGGUCCCAUCAUUUCCAUUUUUCCUUUCCCAUUAAAACGCAAAGCAGCUUCUUUAUCUGUACUCAACGACUUCCAACUCAUUGCCAAAUAGUCUGAAUUCUUACAUGCUUCAAGGAUAUUGUGCCAAUUUCCUCAACUUUCUCUACUUUCGCAGAUUCCAUUUCCCUUUCUUUCUUUUUUGUUCCCUGACUUUCCAUUUUGGCUUUGUUUAUUUCUCUCUUCAUCUUCUUUCUCAUAAUUCCACCAUGUCUGUCAUUGGAGAGGCUGCUCUUUCUGGGUUCUUGGACUUGUUGGUGGGCAAAUCGCUUGACUCUGCACUCAACUUUGUUGCUGAUCACGACCAACUCCCCCAGCAGCUCAAGCAGUGGCAGUCCAUAUUGCCUGAUAUCCAAGCAGUGUUGGACGAUGCAGAGGAGAAGCAGAUCAAGAACAUGGGUGUGAAGAAAUGGUUGGAGGAUCUCCAGGACUUGGCUUACGAUGUGGAUGACAUCUUGGACGAGUUCGCUUAUGAAGAGUUACGCCUCAAUCUCCAAGACACUCAAGCUCAAGCCAGACCUAGUAAGAUACAGAAACUCAUUCGUAGUAUUUUCACUCCCACUUCUUUCCAGUUUAAGAAUUCCAUGAUUCCCAAGGUGAAAGAGAUCACUGAUAGACUGACUUGUUUGACUACUCGAAGAAGUAGUUUGGGGUUGAGUGAGAUUUUGUCUCAAGCUGUAACCUCCAAGGGAAAGCAACCGAGGCUGCAACCAACUUCCGUACUGGAUGGAGUUGUGGAGUAUGUUGGCAGGCACAAGGAGAAGACAGAAAUGAUUGAGUUUCUCAAAGGUGAUAACUCCAACGGAGUUUCAGUCCUUUCCAUCGUCGGCAUGGGAGGGAUGGGUAAAACAACUCUUGCUCAGCUUGUUUACAAUGAGGCCACCAUCAACGAGUCUUUUGAUCUCAGGGCCUGGGUAUGCGUUUCUGAUAAUUUUGAUGCAAUUGCUAUAACAAAGGCAAUUUUAGAGUCCAUCACUUCUAAGUCAAUUGAUUACAGUAACUUGGAUUUACUUCAAGUUAAGUUGAAGAAGAAGUUGUCUGGGAAAAGAUUCUUGCUUGUUUUAGAUGACAUUUGGAACGAGAAUUAUAAUGAUUGGACCAUCUUACGGUCUCCGUUUGGAGCAGGGACCCAUAUCAUUGUAACCACUCGUCUUCAAAUGGUUUCAUCUAUUGUGGAUCCGCUCAAAGCUUUUCAUUUGGAUAAACUAUCGGAUGAUGAUUGUUUAUCCAUAUUUACACAGCAUGCAUUAAAAGCAAGAAAUUUCGAUGGACAUCUCCAGUUUAAAGAAAUUGGAGAGAAAAUUGUUAGAAGGUGCAAUGGCUUACCUUUGGCUGCAAAAGCCAUUGGAAGCUUGCUUCGCACGGUUAAAUAUCAUGGAAAAUGGGAAAGAAUAUAUGAGAGUGAGAUAUGGAACUUACCAGAAGAGCAGUGUGGCAUAAUUCCAGCUUUGCGGUUAAGCUACCAUCAUCUUCCGUCAUACUUGAAACGGUGUUUUGCAUAUUGCUCCAUACUUCCUAAAGAUUAUGAAUUUGGGGAAGAAGAAAUUAUCUUGUUAUGGAGAGCAGAAGGUCUCUUGCAACAAAAAGCUAUGCCUCAAAUUAAAGAUCUCGGAAAUCAAUAUUUUCAAGAUCUAGUGUCGAGGUCAUUUUUUCAGGCAUCCAGUAAAGAUAAGUCCCGAUUCGUAAUGCAUGACCUUAUCAAUGAUUUAGCUCAAGUAGUUGCAGGGGAAAUAUGCUCAAAAUUAGAGGGUGAUAAGAAAUGGAAGUUCUCAAAUCGCACUCGACAUUCUUCUUAUCUUGUCAGUGAUUAUGACACAGUGAAGAAGUUUGAAGCAUUUGAUCAAGUGACUUCUUUACGUACUUUUCUACCCUUAAAGUUUUCUAGUGAUUAUCGGGUGCCUUUUUUAACUAAUGUUGUUUUGGAUGAUUUGUUACCAAGACUUGGCUGCUUAAGGAUGCUUUCUUUGAGUGGGUAUUGGAUCACUGAGUUGCCUGAUGUUUUUGAAAAUUUUAAACAUCUUCGCUACUUAAAUUUUUCCGGCACCCGUAUCAAAUGCUUACCUGAUUCUUUGUGCACUCUUUACCAUUUGGAAACUUUAUUAUUAAAUUGCUGUUUCAUGCUUCAAAGUUUACCUUCAAAGAUGGAAAAUCUUGUCAACUUGCAUUAUCUUGAUAUCAGAGGUGCGAAGUCAAUAGAAAGGAUUCCUUUUAGAAUUGAUAAGCUAACGAAACUUCAAAGGUUAACUGAUUUUAUAAUAGGGGAAGGUGAUGGUAGUUAUAUUAGAGGUUUGAAAUAUUUGUCAAACCUCAAAGGUGAUUUCCGUCUUUCUGGGUUGGAGAAUGUUAAUGGUGAAGAUGCAGGGGAAGCCAAGUUAAAUGAGAAGCAGGGGAUUCAUCGAUUGGUAUUGCAUUGGAGUGAAAAGUUUGAAAUGGCUUCAAGGAAUAAAGAAGUUGAAGAAUGGGUGUUGGACUCUCUUUGUCCUCCAAAAAAGCUUGAGCAACUCGUCAUUGAGAAUUAUGGUGGUGCAAAAUUCUCUACUUGGAUUGCAGAUCCUUCCUUCAAAAAUAUGUUGUCAUUGGAGCUUCGCAAUUGUAAAAAUUGCAAAUCUCUACCAUCGAUUGGAAGGUUGUUGUUGUUAAAAGAUCUUUCAAUUAGUGGUUUGGAUCAAGUACACAAGAUUGGUGCUGAGUUGUUUGGAGAAAAUCAAUCAAAUGCUUUUGCAUCAUUAGAGUCUCUGCGUUUUGACAACAUGGUGAAUUGGGAGGAGUGGGACCUAUGUGAAGAUGAUGAGCAAGUAUCGAAAUUCCCCAGCCUUCGUAAGCUUUCAAUUGUAAGAUGUCCUGUAUUGUUGGGAAGGUUGCCAACCAUCCUUCAAUCCUUGCAGACACUUGAAAUCUAUGAGUGUCAGAGACUGGUAGUUUCAAUUUCAAGUUUUCCCUUGCUGUGUGAAUUAAGGGUUCAAGGGUGUGAAGAAUUGGUGGAUGAAGGUUCUUUGUCUGUACAGAAGGUUACCUCCUUGAAAGUUGUGUCUGUUUCAAAAAUUUCAAAUUUUAAUAUUUCAGCAGAGAGGAUAAUGUUGAGAUUUGCAAACUCCGAAACAUUCGAGAUCUCUGGUUGGAAGGAGCUGGGAUCUUUAUCGCAAAUUGGGUUAAGAUUAAUCGGGCAUCGUUUCAUCGGGAUUUCGAAUUGUCCGCAAUUGGUCUCUUUGGAAACAGAGGAGGAGAGAUUGCAACUUGACAAGAUUCCAGGUUCUCUGUAUAUAAAUUUUUGUGAAAGGCUCAAUAGACUACCACAAGCCUUACGUGCUUUCCCAUUCAUUAGAAGAAUACAACUUGAAAACUGUCCAGGCUUGGUUUGUUUUGAAGAGAGUAACUUUUCUCCUGCUUUAAAAGAGCUGAGGAUUGGGAAUUGCGUGAAUUUGCAAUAUAAAAAGAAAAUAAUAAUAAGAGUAUGAGUAGCAACACUUGUCUUCUUGAGCGCUUGCAAAUAAUCAACUGUCCAUCUCUAAUAUGGUUAUCAUCAAGGGGCGAUAUAUGCAAUCGGCUUCAAUGUCUCGAUAUUUUCCAUUGUUCAAAGCUAGGUAGGUUAUUUUUAAACGCCAAGUUACCCGUAAUGCUUAAAAAGCUAUUUAUUCAUGAUUGUCCAGUGUUGGAAUGCAUAGCCCAAGACUUCCUUGAAACCACUGAUCUCGAAAGCAUUGUCAUUGAUGAUGCUGAAAAAAGUAAAUCAUUACCGCGGGGAUUAGACAAGCUCAGCCAUCUUCAGGAGAUUCGAAUAAAUUUGUGUCCGAAUAUGGUUUCAUUUGAAGAAAGUGUGUUGCCCACCACAAAUCUCAGAGUUUUCGCAAUUGAGAAUUGUGGAAAUUUUGGAGUCCUUCCCAAGUGCAUCAACAACUUCACCUCUCUUCGAGAAUUAAAAGUGUCUUAUUGUUCGGCUGAUUCCUUUCCAGAAGAGGGUUUCCCUGCCAACCUCACAUCACUUGCAAUCUCAAACGCACCCGAAAUUUAUACAUCACUUGUUCAAUGGGGAUUUUAUAGACUCACCUCUCUUCAAAAACUCAACAUCAGCGGUGAAGGAUGCUCACGUGUGGUGUCAUUUCCAGAAGAAGCGAUAGGAGUGAUGCUGCCUCCUUCUCUCACCGAUAUCAGCAUCCAUAGAUUUGAAAAUUUGGAAUUCAUGUGCUCCAAGGGCUUACAACACCUCACCUCUCUUCAACAAUUGGGCAUCUAUGAUUGUCCUAAGCUCGCCUCUCUUCCAGAAAAAGAUAUGCUUCUCUCGCUUGAGCGUCUAUUUAUUUGGCGUUGCCCGUUGCUAGAAGAAGGGUGCAGUAGGGGUAAAGGACGAGAGUGGUCCAAGAUUUCCCACAUACCUUUUGUUAAAAUUGAUUUUAAAACAGUCAUCCCGAGGGAAUUAAAUUGAAAGUUAAGCAGCAAAAUCUGGUAUCGAUUUCUCCACACUCAAACCACAGGCAUUGAAGGCUAAAUUGGCGAGAAAUAGUGAGCUUCAACUCAUCUGCUUCAGCUUAUUUGAUUUAGUAAAGCGGAUGAAUGGAGGGAUACAGUACACGUUACAACAUGGCAUUAGAGAGCUCAAUUUAACAUAAACACAACAGAAGUUCACUGAGCUGCAAUUUGGGGUUUUCACUUCCAGCCUGAGUGUUCCCAAAAAUAGCAGUGACUAAGUGACUCACUAUAUAUCGACUCUCUUGCUUUUGACUUUGAGGGCAAGUAUAGGUUAUAUGGAGAAUUUGUUCUUCUGACAUUCCUUUCCGGUGUUGGAUCAUAUUUUGGUGCUUGGUACAAAGUUGUAGUUGAGGAGCCAAAUAUGCUAUUUAUUUAACCUUGUACUUUCUUUCAGCUUUGGGAACCAUGAAAUUGGUGGCAGAUAAAAGGCCAAAUGGUACCACUGGGGAGGUGUACGUAUCUUUGGGUGUUAAACCCUUGAAUGGUGGGCAUCCAAAGAGGGCAAUACCUGCUUAUGGGCACAACAACAGCACAACGUCGUUGGUCAACAGAUGUUGACAAAAGGAAUGGAGUGGUAAGUUUUUUUUUUUUUUUGUAAUGCUUUUAGCAUCAUCUAUUUCUAUCUACACAAAUCAUCAACUUAUCUUAGGCCUGCAUUGAUGAUUGAUAAGAGGUUAGGAUGUUUGAAAUAAAGUAUUGUUUUUGACAUUUUGUGAUUGUUGGCCACUUGUUAUUUAUUAUUGCCAGUAUUUUUCAAUUUGUGGAAAGUGUAUAGUUGAUGCUUAUUUAGAAGAUUGCUCAAAGUUUGUGGAUAGUUAUUGUGGUGAGUUAUUUUAUUUUAUUAUGUAAUUCCAUUGUAAUCUCUAUUUUUUAGUAGUGAAUUUUAUUUUUGGUUCUACCCGUGGAUGUAGGAAAUAUUCCGAAUCACGUAAAUUAUUGUGUUCACUUUCUCUA